AUGGUGGACAUCCUCCUCCCGCGGCCGCUCCCGGGCGCCAUGGGGGAGCCCUCCAAGAGGCGGCCGGGGCUGGCCCUGUGCGCGGGCUGCGGGGGCCGCAUCCAGGACCCCUUCCUGCUGCGGGUGUCGCCGGACCUGGAGUGGCACGUCGCCUGCCUCAAGUGCGCCGAGUGCGGGCAGCCCCUGGACGAGACCUGCACAUGCUUCCUGCGCGACGGCAAGGCCUACUGCAAACGGGAUUACAGCAGGCUCUUCGGCAUCAAGUGCGCCCAGUGCCGGGCGGCGUUCAGCAGCAGCGACCUGGUGAUGCGCGCCCGCGACCACGUCUACCACCUGGAGUGCUUCCGCUGCGCCGCCUGCGGCCGCCAGCUCCUGCCCGGCGACCAGUUCUGCCUGCGGGAGCGCGACCUGCUCUGCCGCGCCGACCACGGGCCGCCCCCCGACGGCGCCGCAGCCCGCGGACCGCGCAGCCCCGCGCUGCCGCCGGCCGCCGCCGCGCACCUCGCAGAGCCGGUGCCCGGGCGGCCGCCCGCCCCGCGGCCGCCGGCGCACAAGGCGGCGGAGAAGACCACCCGCGUGCGGACGGUGCUGAACGAGAAGCAGCUGCACACGCUGCGGACCUGCUACGCCGCCAACCCGCGCCCCGACGCCCUGAUGAAGGAGCAGCUAGUGGAAAUGACGGGGCUCAGUCCCCGCGUCAUCCGCGUCUGGUUCCAGAACAAGCGCUGCAAGGACAAGAAAAAGUCCAUUCUCAUGAAGCAGCUCCAGCAGCAGCAGCACAGCGACAAGACGAGCCUGCAGGGCCUCACCGGGACUCCGCUCGUGGCCGGCAGCCCCAUCCGCCACGAGAGCGCCGUGCAGGGCACCGCCGUGGAGGUCCAGACCUACCAGCCGCCCUGGAAGGCGCUCAGCGAGUUCGCCCUGCAGAGCGACCUGGAGCAGCCCGCCGCCUUCCAGCAGCUGGUCUCCUUCUCCGAGUCCGGCUCCUUGGGCACCUCCUCCGGCAGCGACGUGACCUCGCUGUCCUCCCAGCUCCCCGACACCCCCAACAGCAUGGUACCCAGCCCGGCCGAGACGUGAAGCGGCCGGUCCGCCCCGCCGCGGGACCUCCGCAUGCC